CGCUCCCCGCUUCUUCUCUAACCGUGUGCCGGGACCAACAUGGGCACCUCUGCUCGUUCCGGGCUUCUUUUUUAAUAUAGUUCUGAUUUUCGUUUAGCGUUAAUCUGCAUUUUGCUCAGCCGGCGUCCAGGUCGCCACUGUGUUGGUAGCCUAGCAGGCUAACGCUAGUAGCUAAUAUUAGCCGCAAGCGCCGCUGCCCAGUUAACCGCCCAGUCCUAGCAUGUCAAUUAGCCAGUGCUAAAGCUACGCAGCUUGUUGACCAGCCGUCGGUUAAUUUCCGUCAAAUAACCCGUCUUUCAUCAAGACAUUAUCCCUGUUUAAUUAACGGCGUAAUAAACGUUUCUCUGUGGCAAUAAGGGGUCAUAACGGAGGCUUCCAGUCCUGCGCCUGAGCAUGCUAGCUGUCUGUGGACGUUAGCUAAGUCGUGGCUCGUAAGGUCAAGGUGUUGGGUGCUGUGUGUCGUGGCAUGUCUGGUCAAACUAACCCCAGCACUGCACGAUCAACGAGCACUAAUGUCAAUUAUCAAUAAUUUGCUCUUUUUUAUGUCUGUUAGUUACUGGAGUGAAGCGCUUUCAGCAGCUUGGAGAGGAAAGGCCCUGAUAAAGUAUUCUGCCAUAUGCUGCAGAACCUUCUCAAAUGAUGCGCGUUGGCUGACUUGCUAUUGUGUCUGACAGGCUUUGCUUGGAUAAUGUGCUCUGGGGUUGUGUUUGCCAUACACUCCUGACAGCUUCCUGCACUCAUACGUGCAGAAAUUGAAGAGAGAUAACUGAUGUUUUUAAAUGUAGUUAUAAAGAAUUAAUGGUGUAGUUAUAAUGAACUAACACACACAAAAUUUCCCAAUUUCCCCUCGGGGAUAAAUAAAGUAUUCUGAUUCUGAUAUAUAUAUAUACACACACACACCAUCUGUGUAUGUAUGUAUAUGUAUAUAUGAUUUGGAGCCCCUUUCAUUUCCACUUAAGCAGUGUUGGUGCACCUGGCUACUGUUAACACUACUAAAGUUGUUAUUUUACGUUUUAUCUUACAUUUUGGUGUUUCUUCCUCUCUCAAGUGUUGUAUGAACAAACAACGUAAUGUCUCUCUCCUCUUUUGUCUGGCUCCCCAGGUUUUCCAGGGCAGAAAUUAACAGUUUACUUUGGUUUUUGGGAUCAUCCAGCAUCACACACAGUAAAAAGCAGAUAGUCCCUCUCAACAGCGGCUAGUUUGUUAUCUCAACUCUGUCCUGGGUGAUGGUUAAUUGCUGAUCGGGGUUGCUCCUGCCCCUGUCGUGAAUGGCUGUAUGCAGAGGGGGCAUCGCCUUCUGGGUGGGAUGUAUAAGGAGCCAUGGCAGCAGACAACCCAUCAAGAAACACCACUGGAGUCUCAUACAGGCAGUUGACUGGCAGUGGAUUGGACAGACUCACCCCCUGAGCAGUGCAUCGUGGGCUCUUGUUCCCCCCAACAGCCUGAGAUAUCAGAACGUCAAGCAGCCGGUCCUCUCACAUCCCUUUCAUCAUGCAAGUCAGCCACAUAAAACAGAUGGCCCCCAAGUGGAGUGGGAAGACUCGGUUAGUGUAUGUGUCCUGGGGCCCAGGGAAUGUGACGGGCAGCACACCCUGGUGGAGAUACCUCUUUUUCAACAGACAAAAAUAGGAGAGCUCCUUACUCUGGGCACCAAUAAGCCUGUGGAUUUUCUCUUCCCCUUGACAACUGUGGAUGGCUGCAGAGAGGAUGACAUCAGUGUGAGGAUGAAGAUGGACAGUUUGGAGCGGAUUGGUGCUGAAUUUGCAAAGAGGGAACAUGGGUCUUUUAGAAGCCUUUUUGAAACCGAAGUGUGUCCAGCACCAUUUAUGCACGGUUCUGUGUUUUAUUGUUUUCACUCCCUGGGCACAGAGCCUUUGCCCAGGUGCUACGGGAUCAAAGCUAAACAUGGAGUUGGACUUGGGGAUGAGCCUUUGGACCCGUCUCUCUUGCUGCCUAAUUCUCUGUGUAGCCAUGCAAAGAGCGCAGAUGGUGAUCAUAGUGUAAGGGAGACCGAAGACGAGGAGGAACUUGCCUUGAUUUAUGAAAGGCUAAGGAUGGAGCUUCCAAGUUUCUUCAUGAAGAGCCAUGACUACACCAUGUACUCAAACGAUGUGGAAUUCAUCAAUGGACUCCUCAGUACUAAAACCAGAGGCCGUCUGGUGUACCAGCUGACCCUGUCCAUGUGGCGACUGCUGUGUCUCUGCUACUACGCAGAAGCCCGGCUGGAGAUCCUGAAGCUGACCAAGCACACCGAGGACCGGACCGUCAGGGCCCGCUGGAGGAUCAGGGGCCUGCCCUUCCACACCCUGCUGCUGCGCUUCUAUAGGAAGGACAAGUCUCACCUUUACAGGUCAUAUGACGCAUUCUCUACCUUCUACAUCGGCCAUGACGGACUCAUCCACUGCCACCGGGUUGAGAAGGUGAUGCAGGCUCAGCCUCCCAUCCUGCCCAGGGUAACCUCACUACUCACUGGGGCUCUGGUUGCCCUGGGGGUGCAGGAACACCGACCUGCCCUCAACCUGCUGCCUCUCUUCCUAUCUGCUCUCCGACAAGGCAGAAGCUGAGCACUGCGGGCGGAUGCGUGGCGGUGGUGGUGAUGGAGGGAUGAGCCCCAUGUUGCUCAUCUCUCAACAUACCGUUGCCAUGGAAGCUUGACAGAGAAUUCUCCUCACAACUUGUCAGUUAGUUGGGUCAUCCUCCUAGACACCCCCCCCCCCAGUAUAGCAGCUUUGAAAAUGAUAAAGAUAAAAUCAGCUGUCAGGCAGACACAUGUCUUGAGUCAAAAUAAAAGUAAUGUUUGGACAUAAGGAAACAUUUCUCACUGACAAACUUUUAUUCUGGUGAAUUUGCUGGGACUUCUGUUUUGCAGGGGCCCAAAACACAUGACACACUAUCAUGACACACUCUCAGUACCAGAGUUCACUUUCUCUAAAAGGAAGAUGACGUAAAACACCAAGGUUGGUGUUAGUCUUUGCUACACAAUAUGUAGACGUACACACAACUCUCGUAUCCUUUAAACUUCAGAUACCUUCUCUCGUCACCACAAAAGAAUGAACUGCAGCAAUACUUCAUAAUGCAUCUUCUGACAGCCGGAAACGACACAAUGCCUGUUCGCUGUAAAACAACGCACAAGUGUACAGCUGGUGUGACUCCGCAAGUGAUGUGGGCCUGCGCUCGCAGCACACGUUCAAAUCCUGAAGGUUGUGUCACUGCAGAAUCUGAGACAGUCCAGCUCGGCUGGCGUCAGGCCCACUUAAGAGAAGAAAUGUCAGCUUCAGUUGUACAGCCCAUCAUCACAAAGUCACCUCUGGUUUUCCGUGUUGUGUCGACGAUGUACAGGAAGGGGAGGAGCCCUACCAUGACAGGACACUGUGCUGAUCAUGUGUUAUUCUCAGUCAGGUGACCUUUUCCUUGACAACGACCAGCUCCGCCAUGUUGGAGGCCAGCGAGACCUCAGCAACCACUGUCCACCCUGCAGUUCUCAUGUCGGGCUGUGUUCACAAGAACCACACUUUAAGCGACAAUCGGACAAACGUACGGAAAUGAAACGUCGCAGGUGUGAUCCACUCUUGGAAAAACAGUUUGCAACAUACAUUCUACAAAGUUCUGGCCUAACGGCACAAAGGAUCAGAUUGGAAGCAGGGAAACAGCGCAGGAACUAACCACAGUAAGAUGUGAACCACGAGGGCUGUUGUGUAAUGGCGCACACCUGGAAACACGUUGUGUCACUCGGACUGUUUACAACACGUGCAGCGUGGCAGUGACGCCAGCGCGGUGUCCUGUGGACUGCAGCCGUUGUCCUCCAACAUGGCGGGCGUGCUGCCGUCACGUCACAUGUGACGUGACAUGAGAAUAACCCAUAAGGCACUUGUUAAAAUCCGCAAACCCAUGUGGCGUUCAGUUAGUGAGUGUGCGUUGAGUAGCGCUGCGGCUCUGGAUGUAGGACGGCGUGAUUUAACACCCCUCGGGGCGGCUUUGCAGUAAUGGUAAUGGGCCCCGAUCCCGACCUAACUGAGAUGUAGAGACCCUACAUUUCAGUUAGGUCGGGAUCAGGGUGACUUAAAAGAUAAAGGCCACUGGAAGGCGCUGUGGAUCUUUGCUGCACGCCUGUGAAGUUGUUCAUUUCAAUCUGUUCUGAUAAACGCACACUUGUCGCAUGCUUGUAUGCCCGAGUCUCUGGACGCCAUGUUUUCUGUCAGGCAGGAAAUGCUUUGACCUCUGGUAAACUUGAAGCAUCUCGCCUCAGAAAGCAGCUGGAUGAGCAGCCAGUAAGAAUCAGCCAGUAAGAGAGAGCGUGUGUGUGUGUGUGUGUGUGUGUGUGUGUGUGUGGGAUGACGCGUGUCAUUUGAUGCUGUACAGUAGAAUUACUCGUCAGAUAGGAAUAACUUGUGUUGGACCAACUGUGUUGGUUUGAACUCCUCCAUGAACCAGAACCUGUGAGUCUGAACUAGUCAGAACCUGUGAGUCUGAACUAGUGGGCUGCAGGAAGCUUUUAACAUUGACUGUAACCGCUGAGCUUUCUGUCGGUAGCUCGCUUGUGCUUUCCAGCUGGCAGUAGAGCAUGCAGUCCAGCAUGCAGUACAGCAUGCUACGGUAGAUGCUGAAACACACUAGCCGAUAUUGUACAGUCCGUAUUCAUCAGUCACAUCUGUAUACAAAUACGACUCAGUCCUGGUCCGGCAGUCUCGCAUUUAAUCACAACAGUCCUGUGUGAAUAAACUUGA